AGAAGUGCAAGUGUCUGAGAGUGCAAGUGUCUGAGAAGUGCAAGUGCAAGGCUGCAGCCAGACCGCUGUUUUUACAUGAGCCAGACCCUUCUCCUCAGUUCAGUGAACUUGUGACUCGAGAUCCGCACAGACUGAUUCAGUCCAAAUCGUGAACGAACAAUUCAGGUCGUUUCGUGAACCUGUUUUGUUCAACCGAUACAUUGUAAAGAUCCGACUCAAAAGAACGAUUCGCUGAGGAAUCAGACAACGCUGAGCGAAAAAGCGAGUCCAGCUAGAGCUGUCAACGACCAUUUCUCUCCCAGAUCCACUUUCUGUCUCGGCUCUCAUAUGGACAGCAAUGUGGAUGUGAACACAGAAAGUGAUUGGCAGCAAAGGUGAGUUGGAUGCGAGCGCAAAGAUGAUUUCAGUCCAGCGGUGCAGUGUGAUCGGUGAUGCUUUUAUAUCGUGUGCUUAGGGUGGUUUGGAAGGGAGUGUAGUGUGCGCUGAGAAACACAUAUGUGGCCUGGCGUUCAUUGUACUCCGAUUUGCAAGUUAAUAAGUCGACCUCACAGAAACGCACCUUGUUUAGACGUAUAUGUUUGCACUUUGUUCCUGCAGUUUUAUUCUGGUCCCAAGCGGAUGAUGGGUUUCGCGUCUGACGUGGCGCUCAUUUGCUGCCUAUUUAAAUAACCAACACACCGCAGCUAUCCAUCUGCAACAAUAACCGCACGCUGUUGUAGGAAUGGGGAAAGCAUAUGAAAUGUGUUGUGGCGCCACUGUAUGAUCUGACUUGAAGAAGAAGGUGCUAUCUAAAAUAUUAUGGAAAUAGUAUUGGUACAGUGAUGGUGUCAGAUGGUAGUAUUAUGAAUCUUUGAUAUACAGCGUUGCUAAAUCAUUACCAUAGAUAUGUACCAUGAUAUUCACAUGCCACUGUGAAGUACUACAAUUGGAAAUAUCUCAGCUUCCUGUAUUCAGUUAGUUGGCUUAAUCUUGUUGUUAUUCACGGUGCUUUUAUUCUAUUUUUGAUGAUACUCAAUGCUGCGUAUCACUUUGGAGGUUAGAAAGAUUAAUAGUCAUUUUGCCUCAUAAAGGAAUCGGGAACCAGUAAAUGAAACCUGUUCCUCUCUGUUUAAAUGGUUAGACAAUCUCUAUUUACAGCAGAGGAUGUAUUUUCUGUCUAGGCCAUAUCUAGGAACGCUGGGCCCCUGAUCAUUUUUAAAAUAAGGUAAAACAUGUUAACCGGGCGUAUUGAAUUGCUUCCGCCUUGAACACUGUUAGCUACAGCCCUAGACUUGCAUGAGGUAGAUCAGAAAGGAUAUUUUCCUAUUUUAUAUUUUACCAGGCUGUGGUAGAAAACAAUGCAAUACAGAUGCUGAGAUGCACUAUAUUUGCUUUCAGUGCAAUUAAAAGUAUGUCUGAUGCAGAUGUCUGUGAGGAUUAAGAUAAUACUAGAGUUAUUGUGUGAGCAGUCAGGGAAGAAAAAGAUAUCAGCCUGCAAGAUAUCAAGAUCUGUUGUUGGGGGUUUUAGUUUAGGUAUUUGAUAAGUCUGUAAUGUUUCAAAUGGAUUAUUUUUAUUGUUACAUAUUUAACUUUUUAUUUAUAGAAUGAUUUUGAAGAACAACCUUGUAUUGUAAAUGCAUACAGCACCAUAGAGCCCAAGACAAGCAGAAUAAAAAGUAUUUUAGUUUUAUCUAUGCUAUUUUUAGCAUAUUAUUUGUCUUUGUUAAUCUUAGCAUUUAUUAAUUCUAAAUAUGAAUUGUAAUUUGUAAUUAUUUAACAUAUUACUGUUCUGUUUAACCAGAGAUGUGUGAUGAAAACCAGUCCUAAAGCAGGGCAAAGCCAAUCAGUUACUAUGAGCAGUGAGCUCAGUGUGCCAAUGGGCUCCCCCGCACCCGGGGGCUCAGACCGGCUGCAGGAUGGCGGUGGGAUGGACUACAGGGAUUGGGUUCGACGCAGCUAUCUGGAGCUGGUCACCUCCAACCACCACUCGGUCCAGGCUCUCUCAUGGAGGAAACUCUACCUCAGCAGGGCCAAGCUCAAAGCCUCCAGCCGAACCUCAGCCCUGCUGUCUGGCUUUGCCAUGGUGGCCAUGGUGGAGGUGCAGCUGGAGAUGCAGUACAACUACCCCCGGGUCCUGCUCAUUGCCUUCAGUGUGUGUACCACAGUGCUGGUGGCCGUCCACCUGUUCGCCCUCCUCAUCAGCACUUGCAUCCUGCCCAACGUGGAAGCCGUCAGCAACAUCCACAAUCUCAACUCUGUCUCCGAGUCGCCCCACGAGAGAAUGCACCACUAUAUUGAGCUGGCCUGGGGCUUUUCCACCGCUUUGGGGAUCCUUUUGUUCCUGGCAGAGGUGGUGCUCCUCUGCUGGAUAAAGUUCUUGCCGGUUGACUCUGGGGCGCAACCAGUCCUGGCAGCCCUUAAGCAGAACUGCAGCACUCCUGCGGUUCAGCCCGGCCACAGCGGCUGGCAGGCGGCUUUGGCCUCCACCAUCAUCAUGGUGCCAGUUGGAUUCAUCUUUGUGGUGUUCACCAUCCACUUCUACCGCUCGCUAGUGCGCCACAAAACAGAGCGGCACCAUCAAGAGAUCGAGGAACUGCACAAAAUCAAGGUGCAGCUGGAUGGCCAUGAGCGAGGCCUACAGGCGGUGUGAGAUCCAGGGAUGCCCUUUGUUUCCCCGCAGUGUUCCAUCGCUUGACUCUUCAAGCUUACAAGCACAUUUAAACUCCUCCUUGAGUCUUUCGGGCUUAUUUUCUGUUUUCGUCUGAGAGGAAAUGCCUUGUUACCUGGUGGGAGGAUUACUUGUGUAGAAACUGAGAAAGAUUUACAGCAAAAAGACGCACGUUUACAAGGUUUCUACUGCAAGGGCUAUUUAUUUUGUAUUUCUUUAGGCUGUAGGUCAUUUGGACUUGUUUUUAAGUGCCAUUUUCUGUUUCAAUGCCUCCUACAUAUACAAAAAAAGGAUAUAACGGAGUGGCUUUCUUUUUAUAUUGUUUGCCUUUUUCUCUUCCUUUUGCGGUGCCAUCCUGGAUCGAUAGUGUGCUACAGAUAAUGAGACCAAAUGAGUUGGUCUUGGAUCCAUUAUGGAUCACAGCUGCCAGAGUCACUGCCAGAGUAUCUUUAACUGCAAUAUCCAGCUUUUACAAUGUACAUGCUUGUUUGAGCUUCAGUUUAAAGUGAUCGUUCACUCAAAAACGAACAUUGUCAUCAUUAAUCACCCUCACGUUGUUUCAAACCUCUGUGACUUUCUUUUGCGCAAAAGAAGAUAUUUUGCUUUUGUCCAUACCGGGAAGGUCAGUUGGUUCAGUGUCUUUCGCUGUAUGGACAAAAUAGCAUGUAAGAAGGUGAUAACGCUUUAUGUGAGGGUGAGUAAAUGACCGAAUGUUCAUUUCCCUUUAAGAAAACAAAAACUAAAAAAAGUGAUGCACCCCGUAUAGUUUGUCUGUGUUAGUAGUGGAUCUAUAAUACUGUAAUCUUUCAGCCUGCAGAGUUGUCGUCCCAAAAAAGGAUUCAUCUUAAAUCUGUUACAGAAGUAUCGCUCGUACUACGCCUAUAUGUAGUGCAGUAUUUUUAGCUUGGGUGUGAAAUCUAGACGCUUUAGUCAGACUCACUGCACGCUUGUAUUUCAUUGAAGGUUUUGCAUGUGUGAUAUAAUGCACUGUCACUUGUCAAGCACAAAGGUGGAGUUUUUAAUCCAUAUUUCAUACAAGGCCUAUUGAAUGUUAUUCUUGUGGGCUACUAGGAGUUUACACAUUGUCGAUGUCAAUAACCAGAGUCAAUGAUGAUUUGCUCCAACAAAUGACUUUAAUGGGCACAGUUUGUUAUAAAAAUACUUGAGAAAGACAAAAAAGCUUUGCCGAUCUGAAACAGUUUAAUGUGAACCAAGUUGGCAGUCCUGUCGUCAAGCUCAAAAUAAUGUCUAAUACUUAAGUCAAUUUGAGGAAAACAUUCCAGGGGGAAAAUGAAGUCGGACCAAUUUCUGCCUGCCUUAAAUAAUUAAACGGACAAAAGUGCACUUGAAGUAUAGUCCAUGGAAAUGAUGUGUCCGGUGUGUUUUCAGAGUAUGCAGACUGAUUUCAUCUGCUGUAGGUCUUUCAGAACACAGAGUUAUGGUUGGUGCUUCAUUUCAUGCCUUAAGCAUUCAUUUCUGACACCGUCAAUUCUGUAACCAGGCAAAGUGAAGCACUACUCGUUUCAUAGCUCAGACAAGUGAACUUGACCAAAAUUGUGUGUACUCUGCUUGUGGGGGCUUUAAAAAGCACUUUUCUUUUUGUGUAUGUGUGCAAAAAUACUGUUAGUGUCAUUUUUGAUAGUUCUGUUGCAUCGUGCCACACUAUCAAUAGAUAAACGCAUAUGUGACCCUGGAGCACAAAACCAGUCAUAAGGGUCAAUUUUUCAAAAUUGAGAUU